AUGAACGUGGAAGACAGGCUCAGUCUGAUUGUGAGAAACCUGCAGGAGGUGGAGGGCCAGGAGGAGCUGAGGAAGAUUCUGUGCGAAAGGGAUCCCAGGAUAUACUGGGGAACAGCCACUACCGGGAAGCCCCACAUUGCCUACUUUGUUCCGCUCUUGAAGAUCAGAGACUUCCUAAAUGCGGGGUGCGAGGUGACAAUACUCCUGGCAGACAUCCACGCCUUUCUGGACAACCUGAAGGCGCCCAUCGAGAAGAUAAACUCCAGGGUGGUGUACUACGAGCAGAUAAUCAAGGCUAUUCUAAAGAGGCUGGGGUGUGGACACAAACAGGCUGAGGUUUGUCAAGGGAUCCGACUUUCAGCUGUCAAGCCGAUACACCUUUGA